CGACAACUGCCACUAGCAGUAAACUCACAUUGUAUAUUAAUUAUAAUCGUACAUCAAACAAACAAUGGCCGUACAGAGUGGCAGACUUUCUUUUGUAGCCGAAUGGUUUCAUGUCGAAGCGGGAAUAACACGCACUUAUCUAUUAACAUAUCAUUUAAGCGACAAUGCAAUCGAAGUGUUUGAUCAACGCAGUAAGCGCACCUUUCUGCGCCGCACUAAAAUUCCCGAACUUACUACGCGCGAUUUCUUUGUGGGCUCCAAGAUCAAUGUGUUUGGGCGUCCAUUCGAUAUUGUCGACUAUGCGGACGAAAUAACACGCAACACCUUGGCAAAAUACCGCAAGCGCGGAUUUGUGCUGCUCAAGAGUAGCAUGUGGCCGAAGAACUUGGGCGAGUUUCUCACCACGCUGAUUGAUAACAAGAUCAAUAUUAACAACGCUUUAAUGGUUCAGUUUUCGCCAAAAACUGUCACACAGUUCCUGGCCAGCAAGCAGGAUGAUGAUGUGCACACCUCUGUACUGAUGAACGAGCUGCUGACAGGACCAGCUAUUAGCUUGGAGCUAAUAGGUGACAAUGUUGCAGAGAUCAUGUCUGCGUGUUCAAAGUACAACACAGAGAACGCCUCAACCACCAUCGUAUUGUCGCCUAGCAUGCAGCAGCUGUUCGAGCGCGAGGAGGUUCGCUAUGGCUUCUAUUGCCCGGAACGGGAGGAGAAUGUAGCCAAGGACCUAAAAUUCUUCUUCGAGGAACGUCACAGCAUUAUCAAGGAAUGUCGUUUUAAGAACAGCACACUAGCCAUUAUAAAGCCGCACAUCAUCAAGGACGGGUAUCUGGGGCAAAUUUUAAAUGAAAUACUUACAUCUGGCUUCAAGAUAACAGCCAUGCGCAUGCUGCUGAUGGCGCGUGUUAAUUGUGAAGAGUUCUACGAGGUCUAUCGGGGUGUUCUACCUGAAUUUAUACCUAUGGUAGCUCAGCUAGCCAGUGGCGUAUGCAUGUGCCUGGAAAUAACCAGCGAGGAUCCUGAGAAGAAUUCACAUCAAGAGUUUCGCAGCUUUUGCGGUCCCAUGGAUCCUGAAAUUGCCAAACUGCUUCGUCCGCACACGUUGCGCUCCAAAUAUGGCAUCUCCAAGGUACUGAAUGGAGUUCACUGCACAGAUCUGGCCGAUGAUACAAAUCUGGAAUUACAGUACAUGUUCAAGAUACUCGAAUGAUUUCAAUCACCAUCGUUUUUAUGUUUAUUUCUUGUCAUUCUCCGUGGGUGUAUGUGUGUAAAUAAAUUACAAGUAAUU